AUGGAAGUGAAUGUCCACGAAACCGCGUAUUGGGUUUUUUAUAUAGGUCCAGAGGGCUUAUGCAUCGACCCACAGCUCUGCGGCAAGUGGAUGUAUUUCUGGAAUGACCGCGCGUUUGUUGCCAGGAUUUGUGAGCUGGCUGUUUCGACUGAGGUGGUUACUACGGCCAAACACAGCAAUGCUGACAGAGGCGUCGCGUGCUUCUACAUAGAUGGAACUGACAAGGAGAGCCACAAAAGGGUUCUCCGCUUUUUCUUGGAUAAUAAUCUGAUCAAGAGGACAGCCCAGGGGCGCCUUCACAACAUCUCGUUCAAGUAUGACCAGCAGACAAGAGCAGGCGAAUACGGAGAAGACUUCAAGGCAAGGAUACAGCUUUCUGACUUCGUUGAUCUCUAUAAAGGGAAAUUUCUGAGUGAUCCCAAUCAGGCUGAUGUGGAUGUGCCCAUUAAGUAA